GAGAUAGAGGAAAAAAAUAGUUUGCAAGACCAAUUAGAUGAAGCACUCGAGGAUAGAAAAAAAAUGGCAGUUGAAUUGGUUCAAGUCAAAAAAAAACUUCAAGAAGAACUUUCUGGAUGGGAUAAGUGA